AUAUCGGGGACGAGAUUCCAAAGGAAAUUUCAUUCUUCUAUUCGCCAUCCCAACAGGAAGGAAGGAGUGAGAAACAAAGCUGCCGCCUCCAGUUCCGGGUCCAGGAAUCUCUGUUGGAAGAGAUGGCGAUAAGCCCAGGCCCGUUGUUCUUGAUCUUCGUGCUGGGUCUGGUUGUGAUCCCUCCCACUCUGGCUCAGGAUGACUCCAGGUACACAAAAUUCCUGACUCAGCACCAUGACGCCAAGCCAAAGGGCCGGGACGACAGAUACUGUGAACGUAUGAUGAAGAGAAGAAGCCUAACCUCACCCUGCAAAGAUGUCAACACCUUUAUCCAUGGCAACAAGAGCAACAUCAAGGCCAUCUGUGGAGCGAAUGGAAGCCCUUACAGAGAAAACUUAAGAAUGAGCAAGUCUCCCUUCCAGGUCACCACUUGCAAGCACACAGGAGGGUCUCCCCGACCUCCAUGCCAGUACCGAGCCUCUGCAGGGUUCAGACAUGUUGUUAUUGCCUGUGAGAAUGGUUUGCCUGUCCACUUCGAUGAGUCGUUUUUCAGUCUAUAGUCAGCAGGCCCCUGGCACAGACCUAGCUAUGUUUUCUUUUUAUCUCCCCUCAUAGCCCAGAACACUGGUUCCAUCGUUCAUUGUCAGGGGCCAGAAAAACGAACUAUCUAAAACAUAUGUCUCCUGAUUUGCAAUGCACAGAAAUAAAGAUGUCUCAAAAGCCA